AUGCCCGGCUUGGCCUCGCAGCACUGGCAGCGGCGGCACGUCGCGCCCAUCUUCGGCCUGCCCUUCUGCGGCAAGUCGCACAUCGCCCGGGAGCUGAAGAGGCGCCCAGACGGCGGUCCCGAGCGGCCAAAGGACGCCCGAGUUCUAUGGCUCGAAAGUCGGUGA